AUGACGGCUGGACCCAUACCCCUUCCCUCAGAUCUCGGCAUCCCUCCGAACCAAGGUGGUUCCGUCCUGCUUGCGGAUCUUGCAAGACGCACAACCCUCUGGCUCAUCCGGGAGGAGUCUCCUGCGCCAUCCUCGCCGACGGCGCAGCCCUCGUUCCAGCCCCUACUCCCGCAAGCCGCAGGACACGGGCUUCUUGCUGUACGAGUAUCCCUCCACGUCGACGUCGGCGACCCUCCGUCGGUGAUACUGACGUCAUCAAGGGCGCGAAACGUUCAGUAUCGACUAUCCCGGGAUGCUAUCGAUAGUAUCCUGAGCGACGCUGGUGCUCCCACAACCCCAUGUCCUUAUUGCGGAAAGCCGAUCACCGACGCUGACCUCGAGGGUCACCGAGUCCAGACUCAUGCCUCAGGGGACACGGAAGACGUUGUCUGCUGCGUUGGAAUUCCUCUCGAUUCGUAG